AUGUCAGAUGCUACGCUAAAAUAUGGAUCUCCUUUGCAAUCUUUCCUGGAUGCUUCGUUUUUCCAGGAGUUGUGUCGAUUAAAACUCGAUGUUCUGAAGCUGGACUCAAGGGGGCAGCCUUUAUUUGCAUGUUUGGAUACCUCGUACACUUUCAAAUCGAGAAAUAGUGUGCCUUUAUCUUUAAAUGAACGGACCUUCCAGAGAGAGUCUUUGAGGACGAGUUCUGGCGUGCGGAUUUAUGGGGUUUUGCACAAUUUUAACCGAUUCGAAGAGUUCAAGUCACUCGAUAAGCAGGAAUUCGUGAAGAGGAGGGCUACUGAAGUGUAUCAUGCUGGACUGAUCAAUAUAAACGACUCUGUUUCAUUCCAUGUUAUCAGCUUUGCUGAUUUGAAGGAGUACCGGUUCUACUACUGGGUUUGCGUGCCUUGCUUCCAAAAGAAGACGCUUUCUAUCAAAGUAUUGGAAACCAGGCCUCUAAAGGUCGCGGAGAGGUAUCAAAAAUGGUUCGAAGAGCGAGUAGGCGAUUGGGUAGCGCUUUUGAGUGACCAAAAUGAACUGAUUCCCUAUAAUCGACAGGACGCAGGAACAUGCAAGGCGCUGAUAGUAAGAGAUACUUGCCGAUUGGAUAAUAUACCUAGCGCACUGACCAAAAAUUUUUUGACAAUAUUUAAUCAUGACAGUCCCGAUAGGGACACUCUCGAAGUGCUUUUCAUAAGACCAGCAGACUCCAGUUUCGUCCUUACUCUUUCCUUACACGAUCUGCAAACUGGUGGUAACGAGCAUUUACAGUUUAGCGGAUGGGAAAGAAAUACGCAGAACAAGCUUGGACCCAGAGGAGUAGAUCUCAGUUCUUUAAUCGAUCCUUUGAAGAUAGCUGACCAGACUGUUGAUCUCAACCUCAAGCUGAUGAAAUGGAGACUAGUUCCCGAGCUAGAUCUUGAGAAGGUUAAGGGAGCAAAGGCUUUACUUCUUGGGUCCGGUACUCUAGGUUGUUAUGUAGCCCGAGCUCUGAUGGCAUGGGGCGUACGGAAGAUAACGUUCGUCGAUAACGGAAAUGUCUCUUCAUCGAAUCCGGUGAGACAGCCACUAUUCGAAUUUCACGACAUCGGCAAGAACAAAGCCCUGGCGGCAGCUGAAGCUGUGAAAAAAGUGUUUCCUCUACUGGACGCAGAAGGUGUAGAACUGAGCGUUCCCAUGAUCGGCCACCCGGUCACGAACGAGGAGGUCGAACAUGCCUCAUAUGAACGCUUGUGCGACCUAUUCGACGAACAUGAUGUCGUGUUCCUGUUGAUGGACUCAAGAGAGACGCGUUGGUUGCCAACUGUGAUGGGCAACGCCAAGGGUAAGAUAGUAAUCAAUGCCGCAUUAGGCUUCGACAGCUACCUUGUAAUGAGACACGGAAAUUACUCUGGUGUACAAGGGCCACGCCUUGGAUGCUACUUCUGCCAUGAUGUAUUUGCGCCCAAGGAUAGCAUGAAGGACAGAACAUUGGAUGAGAUGUGUACCGUUACUCGGCCGGGAGUGGCGCUGAUGGCCGCUUCCCAGGCUGUUGAACUCUUCGUCUCCCUCCUGCAGCCAAGAACCGGAGGAGACAAUGAAGAGACCAUUUUAGGCGAACUGCCGCACCAGAUUCGCGGCUUUUUAAACAAUUUUUCCACGCUGAAAUUGAGAACGCCCGCAUAUGAUCAUUGCUCGGCAUGCUGUCCCUCUGUGGUCGAUUCCUACAAGUCACUGGACUGGGAUUUUGUGCGUUCAGCGCUCAACGAUCACACAUAUAUCGAGGAGCUCAGUGGCCUUGCCAAAGUGCAAUUAGAGGCGGAAAGGGCCAGCGAACAGUGGAAAAUCGACGAUGUCGAGAUCGAUGAUGAGAUGUAUGCUUUAAAUUAG